UUUCUGCAGAUUUAACUAAUGAUGAACUAAUGAUUUAAAUGAAGUCCUGAUGAAGAACUGAUUCAUGUUCCUUCUUAGUUUGACUUUUUUCAGUUUUCCAUAAUUGUACAUUUUAUAUUAUAAAACACAAUAUUUUAACAUUUAUUGUAUUAAAUGUGCACUUUCUUCAACAGGAUUGUCAGGAACAUGGUGAGAACCCUAAAUAAACUGUCUGAUCUGAGAGAGACCAGGUUUGGUCAGCCGCCUCCCAGACACGGUCUGAACUUGUUGUGGUGGUUUGCUCAUGAUUGUGUUCAGAUUGACUCCAACAGUCGUAUGAUUGCACAGUGCAACCCUGCAAAUGGACGUUUUGGCUUUCAUCGAUUCUAUAAUUGGGAUAAUCUUCUUCCUAAAAUUAAUCUACCAUACUAUGAGGUGGGCAACCUGAACACCGCUGGUUCACUGCCUGAUUACGUCACUAGAAGUUACACUGGACAUUCAGACAGCAGCAACACAGAUCGCAUCAUUGUUUCUUUUAACUCAAGUCAAAAAUUUGAAAAGAUUUAUGUGACACAGCACUCAGAUCAGACAAACUUUGACCAGAAUCACACCUGCUGCAUUAGCACUGAUCUUCUGAAGGACAUUAAAGGCUUGAGCCGUCAAGAAUUCAUCAGAGUAUGCACAAAUCGUUCUGAACAUAUACUCAUGCCUCAGUCAGCGCAGCACAACCAGACAAACACCUGUAAGAGUUGGAAAUGCCGCUGUGCGCUGAUUGGCUGUGGUCUGCUGGUACUGCUCAUUGCUGGUGUUGCUCUCUAUUUUGGGUUGAAAACUAAAUAGUUUUAAUCUGUUGCAGUUUGUUGUUCUAGCUAAUUUUGAAAAUUGCAGUUUGCUUCCUUUGAGUCAGUUGCUUAUUUAAAUGAGC